UAAACUUAAAUUUUAACUAAAAGUUCUUUAUUUGGAUUUGUAAUCUAGGCCUGGGCUUAUGGCUGCGUGGAAAUUAUUAGGUCCUGGUAUGGUGUUGGGGGUUGUGUCUGUCGUCUUACUGGUGGUUGCUAUUAGCACAGACCAUUGGUACGUACUUAAUGCUUCACUAUAUGCUCAGCUGUGCACUGAGACUGUAGUAUUCGAGCCUUGGUACAGCUGGAGCGAACCGGUAUACGCUGGCCAUGGCGGUUACGGAGGUUACAAUCCAAGAUUUAAGGAGUACGAAGCAGUUGCAAGGCCUAUGUUGAUACGGGAUUCUACUGAACAUAUUCUCCCAGCGCCGUUAAAAACCAUACGAGGAAGUCAUGCAUCUAAAACCUUGUUUAACGCUCAUAAACCGCACUAUAAGAACGAGGGGAUAAGAAAAAAUUGGAAAAGGGUUUCACGGAAUGUGGCUUUUUUACGGAAUAUAUUUGGAAAUUCUACGAAAGUUCGAAACGAAGUUGCGGAAAUACGAAAAGAAAGAGCUGCAGCGUGGCUACAGUUAAUGAACGAUUUAAAUCGAAACUUGUAUUCGUUUGGAGGGCGAGAUAUUACCUUGAGGAAACGAAAAACUAAGCAGAAUUUCCCCAACAAAAGCAUGAUACACGACGGUACAAUAUCAACUUGUAAGAAACGUCAAUUCUCAACAGCUACAGGAUUGUGGAGAACUUGUUUCCUCCCAGAGGAAGAUUCAAUGUUGGGGAAAUUAGUCGCAUGUGGAAAUAUAUCCAGAUGUAUCUCUAUUCCAUACGGAGCGUUUGACUCUGGGGCCAUUCCCUUCGCAUUUGUAUAAUAACGAAACUGUAUUAGUUCUUGGAGACGAAAUCACCAGUUUAAACCUGAGGCGAGCUGUCGUGUCGUUUCUAUUCUUGGCAUUGACAGUUCAGUUGUUUGGACUUGCCAUCAUUAUAAUGGGGUGGUACAAAGAAGAAGGGUUUGAACAAUAUUCUGGUGGAUUGGUUUUGCUUAUGUCAGGAAUAUUCCAGCUCUGUGGUAUGUGCACACACGCUAUAUUAUGUCGGUUGGAAAUGACAAGACGACCAGAAGAUGUUUACCAACUUCCUACAUUAGUUCUUGAAAGUUACGGCUUAUCUGCAUACUUUGCUUGGGUAUCUUUCGGUACAACUCUGCUCUCAAGCUUCUUAUGCGUGAUGGCUCCACUUCAUAGACCGGCUCGGCCUACGAUUCCAUGCGUUACCGGUCGAAGGGCAAUGGUGCUUUGUACAGACAAAGAUGACGCCGACGCCUCGCCAGUAGAGGGCAGCAUACACCCUGGAAGGGGCAACGUCACCAUUCAACAAACCGCCACAAACUUACAGGUGCCGUGUGCAAAACGAAAACUCAAAGUAUCAAUCAGUCACGUGGAUCAAAUAACCAAUCAGCAAACAACUACAGAGUUGAUCACUGGCUCCAGCAUGCGGCAGAUUGCAACCAGCCCGGUCGCCUCUGUGCGGACCCCAAGAGCUGCCAUCAAAGCACUAGAAGUGGAAAGACGGAAUAUGUUGAGCGCUGUCAAAGAAAACGAAGCGAUGGCGGCUAAAUAUGAAUGUGUGCCUGGUCCGUCUUCCCAACGCCGUUGUGCUCAUACUUACGACUUGCAUCACACUUGUGCAAGACGGACAUCAGACGGUUCAUCUUCGAACUUAAACAAAUACCAAUAUAUGAGGAAAACAAGAUCUUUACCAAGAGACCCGACGGUACCGGGAUCAAGUCUUAUGUCGACCAAAGAAAUGGCAACAAUGUCUAAAUUUACAGAUGUUACUAUCCGUUCCCCCAGGCGCGGAAUAAGCGCAUAUGACAGCGCCACCGGGCGGGUUGAUACCGCUAUGUACGCGCUCACUGAAGGCGCUAACGAGCGAAAUGUUGCCGAGAUUUUCCAGUCGUCUUCCGCGACUCGGAUUUCGAACUCGGACUCGGAUUCCGAAGACGUUUUCUCUCCAGCGUCCUCGCCAAACAGAGCGACCAAAUACAAACGUAGCGAAUCUGACUACGAAGUUUGGGACGCGAAAAGCAGCGUCUAUUUGCCCUGCGAGAUGAAAAAACAACGAAGGCACAUACCAAAGUACAGUUAAAGCGGAAUUGUGUUGCUAUAGUACUGUCGGGUAAGAUGGUAUACCGUUAGCACAUCUCACAUUUCCUGGUCGAAUUUUGAGCAAUUGCCAACGAUCUUUCAGAGUCGUUAGGAUACAGUAAUCUAAUUCUGUUAAUAUCCUUUGUUUUCUACCAAAUGCGACGGUAAAAGAGAGUGGAAACGUGUCCCAUCUUACCCAGAUAUAUCAUGCCAUUGUGACGUUUAAUAAGCCAAUAAUGAAAUCCCAUCACAUAAAGAACCUGCACAUAGCGUAGUGGGAAGUAGGGAUCGUAUAUGAGCGAAAGGUAAUGGGUUCAAGACUCGUUGCUGCUACCGUUGCCUAUUUGUCUCAUAGGGAAACACAACCUUUCCACAAAAACUCUUGGUGCACUGUGAAAACAAUUAAUCAACAGUGACCUAAUGUUUAUUCAUUUUAGCCGAAAAGAGGUUUUGGCGCAAUAAAAUAUUAAUACCG